AGUCAACAAUGAAUACGCUUUAACACACAUACUUCCUACUUCCAUUGUCGUAUGCAUUUGUAUCGUCAUUUAACGACCAAGCGAAGCAUUUGAUGUUGGUAAUGUCGUGGAUCUUUUACGUACUACAACCGGUGGUCUCUUUGUUGUCUGUCGACAGCUGCUGCUGAUGCUGAACCAAAUGCUGUUCUAACAGGAAGUCGCCUGACUCAGCUAAAACGAUGUCUGUGACCAGUGUCCGUUGACACGACAAGCCCCGCCUCCUGUCGAUUCAUGAUUUCCGGACUUCGCAACCCGAUAUAAAACCGGGGAUUAGUUUCUUCCUUGUUACAAUAUCCUACGAGAUCAGAGGACAAUGAACUAACCAUGAGCGACCAUGUUGGAUGACUGACAAGAGUUUCGCUUUCCCAAGUCCAACACUCUGUCUGAAACUGUGCUUCAUUGUUCCCAAUGAAGACCUGAGCAAGGAAAACCAUACUAAGCUGAGAAAAAGUGGUAUAUUUUCUCUAUUGCUAUGAUUUCAAAAAGGAGUUUGAACAAAUUUCUCUCUAUUUGAUAUCAAAACGCAGAAUCAUCCCGUGAUAAUACGUCAUCGAGUUACUAAUAUUAUCACAAUCACCAGAACACUGAGUGCUGUCUUGCUGUAGAGUUGUGUAUGGUUGUUUUGCUGAGUACUAUACAGCAAAAUGCCAAACAAAAUCAACGUUGACGAGGACUACUUCCUAUUGGAAGCUGUUAAGGCGGGAAAAGAGAGUCAGGUUCGUUCCAUUUUGUCCAAUAGUUGUUACCGGAGUGUAGACUAUGUGGACUGUAGGGGACGAACAGCUUUACACUGGGCGACAGAGUAUGGCUACAAAAACAUUAUACGUUUAUUGUUGGACUCAAAAUGGAGUGCUGACCUGGCGGACAAUAAGGGUCAAACGCCAUUACAUAUCGCGUGCAACCAUCAUAAAACUGACAUAGCGACAUGGCUGAUCGGGAUGGGAUGUGACGUCAACGCGAGGGAUGACGCUGGAAACGCGGUCCUUCAACGCGCCAUUCACAACAAUUUGGAGUCCGUUGUACAUCUACUAUGUAAACUAGACGUCGGGAUCAACUCAAAGAACAAAAAUGACUGGUCUCCCCUACACGAAGCCAUUAGGGUAGGUAACAAAGACAUCGUACGACUGCUGAUCAGUAAGGGUGCUGACGUGAACGCGUUAACACAGUACAAAGCAACGCCAUUUUCAACGGCCAUUUUCUAUUACCGAAUCGCACAGAAGAACUCGUACGGUUCUUUGGACCCAAUAGGCCGGACGCUGGUGUUAAAUGGCGGACGUCUGAGCGAGUCUGACGGUCAGUGGUCGCCCCUUCUGUCAUGUAUUUCGAUUGGAAACAGCUACAUUGCAGGGAUGCUGUUGUAUCACGGGUGUCGAGUGGAUAGUCAUGGUCAGUAUGGCCGAAGUCUUCUUGUAGACGCCUUCACGAGAUGUGAUACAAAUGUGGUAAAACUGCUGGUAACUUGUGGCUAUCGGCUGACAGUUGAAGAGGUCGAACAGUGCACGCGACGCAUCCCAACAUUCUCAAGGUCAUUCAGGAGAUUAGCAUUCUCAGGUCAUGCCACAGGAACAAAUGGUGUCAAAAUGAUCGUCUGGCUCCGGGAACGGGUACACAACUGUUUUUCGUUGCAAGAGCUAGCGCGCAUGACCAUCCGGAAGUCAUUGAAUGCUGGAUCCGGUGACAGAUCAAUUUUGAACAAUAUCCCGAAACUGAUCCUUCCGCGAGUUAUUAAGGAAUACAUUGCAAUAGACGAAAUUGAAAACGUAUAUUGACCAAGUGCCAUAUAUAGUGAACACUGGUAACCUCUAAUGAGGUGGAUACUCAAAAUGGUCAACCCCAAGGGAGUAUCCUUGGGGCUAAUGAUUUCCCGUGGAAACAAAACUGUUUUGGUAAUCUUACAUAAUCAAAUGUUGUUUUCCUAGUGUUAUUCCACACCAGAUAUGGAUGGAAUGGAUAUUUGUUGUCUCGAUAUUGAGAUGUUUCGUUUCGUUAUUUGGUAAGAAACUUUAUCAAAUUUCUAUCAGGUGCUCAAGGUUGGGUUGUGCAAUACCGCCGCUUCAGCAUUGCUCGCAUUGGGGUGUAGAUAGUGUACUCUUAUACUGGUAUACAUUGAGGCCUUGUUAACGAAUUUAAUAUCUGGUUCUAUUGGACCGGAAAUAAACUGUAUGGGGAAUCGAUAAGAACACCUCGAAUACGUACUCCAGGCGAUGUGUGACGUAUACAAAUAUCAGAGACGUGGGCCUCCGUCUGUUUGAUUCUGCGAUAUCGCGUUGCCAAGGUAAUAUCUCAUGUAGGCUUGUAAAAUAUAACCAAAAUAUUGCAACAUGCCUUACGAGCGUAUGUCUCUAGGCCAACCCGAAACAAAACAAAACUUAUUGCAGACGCGUAGUAUAUGUAUUAUGUUAUGUAAAGAAUGUCGUCGGAAGCCACCUAGACGCAGUGUGUCAGUUUGGUAGGUAAACUAAUUAAAGGCAUGUUCUGAAACCCCUCCAUGUUUAUUAGAUCUAGAGGUUAAAAAGAUAUAAAAAGAUUUAAACCCCGUCCAAUUAGCGCGUGUGAUGCAGUGCUUUACUUGUCGGUAAUUAGUGUAUGCAUGUGUACGUUUUUCUGUCUUGUCUGUUAGGGAUCCACAGAGAUUUGUUGAAAUUCCACUCAAUGUUAAUUGUGUUUAUAUUCCAGUAACUUAUUUAUUUCUUAUGCAUAAAAAACUUUGUCUUCCAAACCAAAAUGAAGGACUGAAAAAUACCCAUGUGCCAAUUUUUUUGCAGCAAGAUCGCUCGGCCUUAAAUAAACUUCACAACAACUUUACAA